CUAUACGAUUGUUGUAUCGUCAACUAUCACGUUAGCCUACGAGGACGAGGACGAAUGAAGCUGACGAACACCGCUCUACCUACCUCAGCUUUGUGAAGUGAUCGUUGCCGAAUCGACAUUAACAUUCAUCGUAUACAUCACACAAAACCUGCCUUUACGCGAUAACGCGCGAGUAGAUAAAUUUUGAAUUUUCACUAAUAGUGUAUCAGUAUGUAGUCGAUGUGAGUUCAAUUAUCAAUAAUCAAACAUAAUAUGCGGUCGCCUCGUAAACGUUAAACCAGUUCCGAGUAGGUAAAUAAUACGGAUCGUAAUCGGACGAGGUGAAUGAAAAUUUAACGUGAAAAAAAAAUUCAAAAAUAUCGCGGUGCUUAAUUCCAACUAUAAAAAGGAUUUUAUUCGUCGUCAAUAUGGUCCAGGAAACGAAAACAAAACCACCUAGAACGAAAAGUUACAUGCCGCAGCGAUAUGUCCUCGGACUCAUGGGCUUUUUGGCAGUGGCGAAUGCAUACAGUAUGAGAAACGUGCUGAAUUUAACAAUUACAGAAAUGGUUGUUCAUCACCACAGCAAGCACGAUAAGAUCAUCAUCGAUCCAGACUCGUGCCCUGGAACUUUAGAAAUUAAAAAUCAUUCCGAUCCGAGCAAUGAAUUUGACUGGGAUGAAAAAACGCAAGGUGAAAUUUUAGGAUCAUUUUAUAUCGGCUACGUACUGACGCAUAUUCCUGGCGGAUUAAUAGCGGAACGUUACGGUGGUAAGCAUGUGGUCGGAUAUGGAAUCCUGACCACAGCUUUAUUAACAAUUCUAACACCUUUUGCCGCCAGACACAGUGCCACUUCGUUGAUCAUCGUUCGCUUUAUAGAAGGACUCGGAGAGGGCACUACAUUUCCGGCUUUAAAUGCUCUCUUGGCUCAAUGGGCUCCACCACUUGAAAGAGGUCGUAUUGGUUCAUUGGUUUUUGCAGGCAAUCAAAUCGGUACAGUAUUCUCAUCAGUUUUGACUGGAUUGAUAUUAGAAUACACACAGUUCGAAUGGCCUACAGUAUUCUACAUUUUCGGAGGUAUUGGCGUAUUAUGGUUUUUAGCGUGGUAUUUCUUAUGUUACGACGAUCCCGCUUCUCAUCCUUUCAUUACAGUAGAGGAGAAAGAUUAUUUAAGGGGGACUAUUGGACAUAUAAGAAGAAAUAAGAAUUUAGCUCCCGUGCCUUGGAGCCGGAUGGCUUUAUCGUUACCCUUAUGGGGACUUAUAAUAGGACAAAUUGGUCAUGACUGGGGUCUGUUUAUGAUACAAACUGACCUGCCAAAAUAUAUGAAAAGUGUUUUAAAAUUUUCCGUCAGUCAAAACGGUUUACUAAGUUCCUUACCUUUUAUGAUCAUGUGGAUUGUUGCCUUAUUCUCAGGAUGGUUAAGCGAUUAUCUUGUACAAAUGGAGUGCUUCAGUUUGACUACAAUCAGAAAAAUUUUCACGACUGUGGCUUCAAUAGGCCCGGCUGCAGGUGUAGUCGCUGCUUCGUAUGCAGGAUGUGAUCGUACCCUAGUGGUAACCUUAUUCACUGUAGGAAUGGCCUUCAUGGGAUUUUUCUACCCUAGUCUAAAAGUUAAUGCAUUAGAUUUAAGUCCAAACUACGCCGGUACAUUGAUGGCUAUUGUUAACGGCAUCGGUGCUAUAUCAGGAAUCAUCACCCCUGUUUUAGUCGGAUUUAUUGCUACAAAUAGUACAAUGAUGGAAUGGCGAGAGGUGUUCUGGAUCACGUUUGCAGUCAUUAUUAUAACCAACAUAGCUUACAUAUUUAUGGGAUCUGGAGAAGUUCAGUCGUGGAACGAUGUUUUAUUAGCGACCGAGGAGGAAAAAAUGGAAUGGGAAGCUAAAAAAGAACCUAUUAAAAAAUACUCGGAGGAAAGUUGCGGCAUGGAACUGACUUUCAAAGCUUAAAAUUCGUGAAUAUUCAAGUACUGCAGCUCGUCUCGCAGAAUUCAUACCAUCAGUAUAAUUUAUUGACCUUGAAACGCCAUCUUUUCACUUUUUACAAAAGAGAUGCUAAUGAUUACAACAGUGUAAUGUGUAAUUAAAAUUAUUUCAUUUUUUGUA